AUGGCGCGAACCAAGCAAUCUGCACGCAAAAAUGCUUCUCACUGCACACCACCUUCAUCCCAUUCAUCUGAUUUUGUGGAACGUUCACCUUCUCCACCACCUCGACCAACACCACCACACACUCCCUCUGAUUCAACUUCUUCUGACAAUAACCAAGAAAUCUUCAAUCCCAAUCCUAUGUCCCCUAUUUUUCUACCACUAUACACUCGUCCUACACCAAACCUUGCUCAAGUGCCUCCAUAUUUACGCACUCAAACUACUCCUCCAUGA